GCUUUAAAAACUGAAAUAUUUUCAAAAGCUUUCAAAAGCAAAAGCUAUUUUUUAGGAAGCUAUAGGGAUUAAGCUAUAGGGAUUAAACUUGUGAAUUGAUUUUUAUGGAACAAGUUAGUGUAUACAUUUUUAUUUUAUUGUUUGUAUGCUAUACAUCUCAUGAUGGCAGGUGAGGCAAUGCUUUACCUGCCUCUCCUGACCGCACAUCCCUGGUUAUUUUGAUAGCUGCUGAAGCAAUCCACAACUACGUCCACCCACCCAAAACAAUUUUUUUCCCCUGCAAAGUGAGUAUCAAAAAUGCCCAAUCUGAGACAACUGAAUUCUCUGCUCUCCAACUUGCUGUUGACUGGAAUGGUCCGUUGCUGCAAAGAGACAGGGGUGGACAAAACACUUUCACUUGAUCAGUCUCAAUCCAUUUCAGUAUUUUUUUUUUUUUUUUUUUUGAUGACAAAGUUAAAAAAGAAUGGGUGUAAAAUUUACUUAAACAGUUUUUAUCAAGUGUUCCCUGCAAAAACAGGCUAUCUAACCAAGACAUGACAACUCAUAAUGAGCCAAAAAUACUUUUUGAUCUUGUUUUUAGAGUUAUAAGUUCAGAAAGAAUAGAAUGUGUAAGAUUGUAAAUCUUGUUUUGAGAUGUCUUUUAUUUAUUUCAUCUUAAAAUGAGUGUUUGUGUAAGCAUAUUACGAUAACUCCACUUAAUGAGACAUUGUAACAUUUUUAAAGCAUAUUUUACACUCAAUUUUAGCUAUAAAAACCUAUUUAAAGACCUCCAGGUUCACUUUGGAACCACUUAAUCUUUUAUAUGAAGAUUUAUUUUUCUGGGGGCCCCAGGAAAUCACCUACCUUUGCCUAAGGAUAAGUCAGGAAGAUGUUGGAUUGAUCCCUUUUGGAACAUUGUUGUGUUUGUGAUCUGGAUUUUUUCAGCAAUAGUUACAACAUAAUGAUCAUAUUAUGAAUGAUUUUCUAUAUUUCUCAAACAAAAAUGGUAAUUCUGGCUGUCAAACUGCAUUUUGUCACUUUAAAAGUACUUCAAUCUUUAUCCACCAGGUUCAUUUCCUUUUGACCUUUCAGCCUUUUUUUUAAUCUUUCUUUAAAAUGGACUUGUCUGCUCUCUCAUUGCCACAGUCAUUGCUGUUUGCCACCUGAUAAGAACACCCCAGCUCCUGCCGAACACCUUCACACCCAAGACUGAGAUUUUUACCAGGGAAAAAAAGAAGAAAGAAAGGCUAAAACUUGAAGAGAUGAAGGGUUUCAUGACAUGGCUGGCAGUGCUUCUGUGCAUCACCGUUGCAACCUCUGCCUCGACUCCGACAUGUGAACCGAAGAAUGAGGACAGUCAAUCGAUGUAUGUGAGGGAGAUGCUAACUGGCUGUUGGACCAGUUUUGUCAAAGACGAGGUUGAGGUCCACAUCCUGAACCUGAACUAUGAUAUGGAUGGAAAAAUGUUCUCCUUAAAUUUGGACCAUGCAAGACCAAUGAUUCUGAUCCUGACAUCUUCCAGAAAGAUCUAUGUUGGGAUCAACAAUAACAGGAAUGUUGAGAUUUACGUAAAAAACUCCCCGAUUAAACUAUUUGGCAACCAAAAGAACCAUACCAUAGAAGAUUUCCCAACUCAAAACGAGGAGCUGGUGAAGUGGGCGGAGCAGAAGUUUGGGGGUGUGACGUCAUUCACCACUGUUCGAAAUCUGAAAAACAUCACUUUCAGUGAAGCACGGGGAACCAAGCCAGGUCCUUCUAAGUGCAAACUUGAAAACGAAGAUGCGUUUUUGAAGCACUUUGUGGUCAUCAGAACUGAUGAGUCAUCACUCAAAUCUUGCACCCCAAAACAACAGAGCAGUUCUGGAGAUGAACUUCAUAUCAUAAACAUCCAGGAGAGCUCCAGCAUCCGCAAUGUAUCCCUGCAUGUGAACAUGACAAACACCAGAGUGUUCCUCCGAGGCCCUCAGGGGACCACGUGGACUGUCGUCAAUCCUCAAUUCGCCAUGCUCCUUUCUAACAACGACAUCAUUCUGGUUACCGAGACGAUCCGUCAUGACUUCAAGGCGCAGUACACGCUAAACAAUGACAGCGCUGUCGAUGUGCAGAAGGUGGCCUUAGAUCAUUUUAAAGCCAAUGUCUUCACCAGCUACACUGAAGUCAGCCAGGACACAGAAAACAACAAGUCUGUGAUUUCCCUGAUUCUUGGACAGGCACUGAACGCAUCAGAGAUUACUCCUUCAGCUACGGCAACACCAAGGCAAAAACCUCUGAUCCCCAUGACGACCAACCCUCCUCAUCUGAUGCCUCUGGUGAUGCAGCUGUUCACCUCCCCAGACUUUCGCUUACCUCUGGACCUCAACGCCAAAGUACAGAGUGAUAAAAGGAUAUAUGCAGAGAUUUCUGGCUCCGCCUUAGGGGACAUCGUUUUGAGCCUAAAGGUGAUCACAUGCCUUGCUCGCUCCAAAGGGUCGUGCCCCGUAGUGAAAGAGCUGCCCUUCAUUCCAGAGGCCUGCACCUCAAAAACAUGCUCCACCAGCACCAGACUCAGCUUCUCCUUUGACCAGAUCCAAGAGCUCACAUCCACCACGUGGGAUCUGGAAUGUUCUGUUGAAUUUUGCUAUUUUGAGAUAUGUGGAUCUGGAGGAAGAGUGAGGAGGAGCCUGGAAGUGACACAGCCGUGUCUGCAACCACCAACCCAACCAUGCAUUGAUUUCGGCUUAUCUGGCGUUCUUGGCAUUGCUUUUGGAGGCUUCCUGAUUGGAGUUUUACUUAUCGGAGCUUUGUGGAUUAUCAAAAUUAAAACAGGGUAUCCAACUGGACUGGACUCCACUGCGGCCAGUAUUCCUGGUUGCCCUUGCUCAGGAGUAAAGCGGCAGCCUGUAUCCACCAACCCAUGCCCCUCUGAGAACAGCAGUGCCAAUGCAAGCAUCGGAAGCACCAAAAGCACACCGACCAGCAGCAUGGCAUAAGUAUGCUCCACCAACAAGGCGACAUCGAAUUGGCUUUGUGCUUUUUUUUUUUUUUUUUUUUUAAGACAUUUCUAAAUUUUGCCCCAUUAUAAUCUCCUUAACAAAAGCACAAAAAAUGUGUUGGAAAAAAUGGGUGCUACCUGGAAGUUUGGAACUAACGUCCACCUUUGCAUUCUCUCUGUGCGGCAGAACUUCUAGACGGGAAGUUAGAAGGGCCAAACAAAAAAAGAAAAGAAAUAAUCUGGCUCCGAGCAACAGGAAAAACAAACCAUAUCCCCCAAGAGCUAACAGGAAAUUCAGCACAUUCCUUUCGAUGAAUUGUGCUUGCGUGAUGGCAGCACAAUAAUAGCACAACAGGAGACAAGCUGGUCAAAAGACAGACAAAUAUGAAGUGCUGUAGCAAUGUCAGCACCCCCCUCCAAAAAACAAAUUAAAGAAAUGCACUUAAAGAUGCUCACUUCCAGGAAUAUUUGUUCAAAUUGGAUUUUAAAGGAAGAUAUUUCACAGCUACCUCUUAUUUUAUAGACGUCUAGAGCUAAGUUUAAACAAAAUAUGUAAAAAAAAAAUCUCUGAAUUUAUUCUAUUUUUUUAAAUUUUGCAAAUUUGCAUCUUUAAAGUUAACCCUCAAGUGACCCCGUGGGUCGCACUUCUCCUGUUUUUCAGUGGGUGUAUCGUUGCUGACUAUUCUUCCCUUUGUUUUGUGUGUUUUAUUUGAAGUUACAGAUUUAUGUAGCUUAUUUAUUUAUCUAUAUCUCCUAAAAAGACACGGUAAAAACAUUUUUUUUUAUUAAUUAACAAUAUCCGACAGUUAAAAUGGUGUGUGUGUUUUUCACUACAUUUUUUACACCUGGAAAGAUUAAAAUAUCAAAUUUGGCACAUCACUUUUGUUCUUUAUAAAAGCAAAAAAAAAGAACCAAAUAGGUCACCCGAGUGGAAAUUCCCCACUUUGAUCACAUUUCCCUCACUGGAAAUGAUAGGGAGUCCAUUACAAUCAUCUCUCCUAAAUUUAGCAUAGUUGACAAAGACAAUCAUUUGAACAUAUUAAUUAGUUUUAUCAUUACCCUUUAAACCUGCAAUCAGGCUUUUAUGCUCUGGACAUGGACAUCGACUGUAAUCUAUUAUACUUUAUGCUAUUUAGUGUCCUAUUAUCCAUAGUGUGAUAAGACCCUGGUGCUGCAGUCUAUUUUGUAAUUAGAGAUGAGUGGGGGGAAGGAUGACUUUAUCCAUAGUCAGUGCAUUAGCACUACAUGGGGGGAAAUAAAGAAAUCCCUCCUGGCUCUUGUCUGAGCACAAAAAUUACAAACUAAAUCUGAAUAAAAAAAAAAAUUACAAAAAAAUAUAAUUUUACACUAAAUGUAUACAUGUGAAAAAAUUAAAAACUCAUUAAAAGUCAGUUAUACUCGAUUGUGAAACCUCACAAUAACAUGUUGCAAUACAUGUUAGAAGAAAGUGAAUUAUUUCAGUAAGUUAAAGACUCACUCUGAUAAAAAGUGUGUUUUUUGUGUUCAUUUUAAGGAAAUUAAGUUUAAAAUUGAAUUUCUGAGUAUCCGCUCUGCAAAAACUAUUUCCUACGUAACAACAUUUUUUUUAUUUUGCCUUAAAACGGAAGAAUCAUAGUUAAAAAACCACUUGAAACGCUUUUAAAAUAAAUCAGAAGAUGAUUGGAGUGGGUCUUUAAAACCUAUAUUUGAUUAAUAAUUACUCUUUCUUAUAGAAUCAUCUGAAAUUAAAAAGCUUUUCUCUGUUUAGGACUCCCGCGCUAUCACUGUAACUCACAGUCAAUAUGGAAAUCCCUAAAUUAGUGUUCACACAAGUAAUAAUAAUUAAAUCUUUCUAUCCAAAUUUCUUUCAACAGUUUUAUUUAUUUAUUUAAGUCAGCUCUGCAUACAUCCCAACAAAUGGAAAUUUUCUGAUAAUAGUCAAAAAUCCGACAUAGGAUGAAUUUCAGCAAAGCACCAUUCAAAACUUUUUUUUUUUAAACUGUUCAUUUUGAAAUUUUUUUUUAGAUAUCGUCAUGAUUUUUUAAUCUAUUAGUUUAGUAACAAAUGUAACCUUUGUAUAGUUGUUUGAGAGUUUCAUAGCUGCUUGAUGGGAACUUUGAGGAAGGCUCCAGCUGUAGAAUGACGGUUGAUCCGUAAAACUGUUUAUGUUAUUGUACAAAUGUUGGUUUAUUUUUGCUUUUAUUUUGAAAUUCAUACAAAUCUUUCAUAAAUUGUAAUUAUCAAUGCAGAAAAGGAUCAGGACCACCAGAAUAAAGAGCUAUUAGGAAUAAAAAUGUUCUUGCCCUGUGACACACUGGUGAGCUGUGCGAUCAACUAUAGUGGGGAUAGGCUCCAGCAACCCUCAACCUCAAAAGAGAUUAAGCGAAUUUGGAAAAUGGAAAAACGAUCUACUUUUGAGAAAAUAUAUUAAUCAAAUUUACCUAGCUAUGUAAUUUAGAGGUGUCUUAAGUUGUGUGCUACGUUCAAUUUCUGCAGGAAAUUAGACGUUUCAUUUUGAAAUAAAAGAUCAUUUUAAAAUUUUAACAAAAAUCCAAUCGUUUUGUCAACUAAUCCCAGAAUUUUUAUUGUCUUCUGAAUUAAAAAAAAAAUUCAAAGUCUGUAUGUCACCCACUAUGUAAAAUAAAACUAAUCUGUUCAUAGAUUCUCGACAAAUGCAUGUUAACUAUUCUUUUUAAUAUAGUUUUUAAUUUUUUUUCUAAAGAAGAUUAAUUUAUUCAGCAUGAAAUACAAUCUAAUGCAUUUUUCAAUCAGCUCCAAAAGUUUUUUUUCCCAGUAAUCUUAGAAAAUAAGAGGGCCAGUACAAAUUGCCACUUGAGUAUUUGUGCAAUAUGAUGAUAGUAACGUGUAUGUACUGUUGAUAUGUCAUUUCUACCAUGUUUUGUUGUUUGUUUGCCUUUGUAAGUUUUGUAUAUCAAUACCUUAAAGCAUAACCUGGUAUGUUCUCUGUUGUAUUUUGAAGAACUGGGACAAUUUUUAAUCAAAGCACAAGAUUUGUGUUGUAUCUUUAUGUUUUUUAUAUAUAUUCUUAGAGCGAAGAUCGGCUCUGCUGUCAUCACAGAUGUAAAAAAGAAAAAAAAGAAACACCAUUUCAUUUGUUUUUUGCCUGUUUGACUGUGCUGCAGUCAAAAACGAAGCGAAUGUUUGCAGCCGCAUCCUGACAUUGUGUGGAGCUCACUGUAUUAUCUUCAGUGGAUGUGAUGGGGAAUUCCAUUUGUGAUGUGGAUGAUACCAGGAUGUCUCACCCUGAACUCGCAACACCGGAUUCAGCGCUCUUUUUUAUCAACAGACACCCACCUUUAAAAUUCUGAAAAACCGCAGUGAUGAGUUAUUUCUUUGUCCUCAAACGCAAACACAUUUUUAUAGCGGGCGGGCGUUGGGCGUUAAAUCUGUCUGAAAGCAUCCAGCCUGUCAGUUUGUUCACUGCUUAACCUUAAAGGUUUGACUGCAGUUAUUUUUAUGCUAUGGUGGGCGACUUUUACCCAAAUAGAUUCAUUUGUCGAGACAGAACUCCAGUGAUGCUUUGUCUUUCCUUUUUUUUAAUUUUUUUUUAUUCUACAGUCAUUUUAAUAAAGUGAAUUUGACAGACAUUA